GCCACACCGGUGUUGGGGACUGGAGCGCGGCGGGUCCGAGUCGGCCUUCCAGGAGCCUUGGAGACCCGAGGCGGGGGCCGCGACGAGGGCACGAGCGGAGGGCCGCUAGGCGCACGCCGUGGUCGCGGGCGACGGUCGCGCCCCCCGAGCCUCGGUUUCUCCGGGUGUAGCCUGGGCCGCCCUGCGGGCUGUGGGGCGGUGCCCCGCGUCACGUGCUCUCCGACCCCCGGGCGGCAGGGGAGACGGCGUCCUGGGCGUCUGUGCCCUAGUCGGACUGAGAGACUGAGGCCCGGAGCCGGGACGUCCGCGUAUCUGUCGCUUUCUGCGCGUCCCCAAGUACAGGUUCUGAUGGCGACCGCGGCGCUGACGGACGCGGCGCAGGGCCUGAUGGCCUUCGAGGAUGUGGCCGUGUACUUCUCCCACGAGGAGUGGGAGCUCCUGGACACAGCCCAGAGGGCCUUGUACUGCCACGUGAUGCUGGAGAACUUCGCACUUGUGGCCUCGCUGGGACUCUCUGCCUCACGACCCCGGGUAGUCGUCCAACUUGAGCGUGGAGAGGAGCCCUGGGUUCUCGGUGGGACAGCUGCAACACCAGCCAGGACUGCUCACGGGAAGCCCAGCCCUGGUUCCCGUCAUCUGGCAUACGACAGGGUUGUUCCAGGAGAAGCAGAACUGCCAGGGGCCUUCCAUGAUGGCUCCCCUCCAGCACCUCCGAGGGUCCUCCCCUUCGCUGGCAUCUGUGAGCGUGGGAAAAGCCUGGACGGCUGGUGGGGCACCUCCUCCUCUCAGGAGAAAAAACCCACAGGGGUGUCUGUAAUCUACUGGGAACGGCUCCUGCUAGGUCCUGGCAGUGGGGAGGCCAGUGUCAGUCUGCGGCUGACCUCCCCACUAAGGAUGGCCGAGGACAACCCACCUAGGGAGAAGGCCUUUGUGACCCGCCCCAUGCCAGGCAAGCAGCUAAGGGCAUGUGGGGGCCAGAAGCCAUAUGGGCGGGAGGCACCUGGAAGCGCUUUCCCCAAAAUUCCAGAAUUUGAGUCUGGUCUCACCUCCGGGGAAGGAGGAAAGAGUCCAGCUAGCCACAAGCCUCAUGGACUCCCUGCUGGCCAGGAGCCCCCAACCUGGGAUCAGCUGGGCAAGGCCCUCCACACAGGCCCUGGCCUCCUUCCCGGGGAGAAGCCCUUCGAAUGCAGGGCGUGCAACAAAGUGUUCGUGAAGAGCUCGGACCUGCUCAAGCACCUGCGCACGCACACCGGAGAGCGGCCGUAUGAAUGCGCGCAGUGCGGCAAGGCCUUCAGCCAGACGUCGCACCUGACGCAGCACCAGCGCAUCCACAGCGGUGAGACGCCCUACGCGUGCCCGGCCUGUGGCAAGGCCUUCCGGCAUAGCUCCUCGCUGGUGAGGCACCAGCGCAUACACACAGCCGAGAAGUCCUUCCGCUGCAGUGAGUGUGGCAAGGCCUUCAGCCACGGCUCCAACCUCAGCCAGCACCGCAAGAUCCACGCAGGCGGGCGGCCCUACGCGUGUGCCCAGUGUGGCCGCCGUUUCUGCCGCAACUCACACCUCAUUCAGCAUGAGCGCAUGCACACGGGUGAGAAGCCUUAUACUUGUGCCCUUUGUGGUGCCGCCUUCAGCCAGGGUUCCUCACUCUCCAAUCACCAGCGUGUGCAUACAGGCGAGAAGCCGUUUGCCUGCGCACAGUGUGGCCGCGCCUUCAGCCACAGCUCUAACCUCACGCAGCAUCAGCUGCUGCACACGGGCGAGCGACCCUUCCACUGCGCGGACUGCGGGAAGGCUUUUGCCAAGGGCGCGGUGUUGCUCAGCCACCGACGCAUCCACACCGGUGAGAAGCCCUUUGUGUGCGCACAUUGUGGCCGCGCCUUCCGCGAGCGCCCGGCCCUCUUCCACCACCAGAGGAUCCACACGGGAGAGAAACCUGUGCGCAGACCCCGGCGUGGGGCAGGCCUGACCCCCCAGGCCAGGCCUUCUUCGGUGGUGUCAUCAGAGGGCUCACUGGGGAGGGAAGCGGGGUACACUCCUGCCUCAGGUCCAGCCGCAGUUUCGAAGCCUGCUGAAGCCUGAGUUCACAGCUCCAACCUUCCCUGGCUUGUCGUAAAACACCCGCGUUCCCUGCAUAUCCACGUCUUGGAGAAGACCCGUGUGUGCGCUGUGGUUCCAUCUGCACGUGGUGACGAUAUUUGCCAUUUCAGCCACGGCUCACUCCAACCCUAAGUGGUCAGGCUGCAGAAAUAGCAGGGGGAUAUUCUCCCCAUUUGGAUGCUGGGACUUUGGCAGGGCAGAGACUUGGCAAUAGAGUGCCGUUUCAUGCCUAUGAUGACUGUGGGUGCUCAGGUGAGGAGGGCGACUGCUGGAAUGCUGGGGAGGCAGUCCUAGAAGUUUCCCCUGUCCAUGCACAAACUGGCCGCCAGGCUGACCCUCAGGAUAUUCUUCCAAGACCUCACUUCCUCCAAGGCCUCCUGGGAGCGGACCCAGUGGGUAGGAGGUCAUGUGGGGGUCUGGUGUUGACCUUGGGCUCUGUCUUAGCGUCCACCUCUGGGGAAAAGAACAGACGAGAGAGGGAGAGAGAUUCAGGCCUACAGAGGGAUUCUGACAGGCAGGAUCUUGCUAAGGGCCAACAUGUGCCAGUUGCCAGCCCUGUGAGGCGGCCGCUGUGACUGCUAUCCCCACUUCUCAGAUGAGGAAACGGAGGCAGAGAGAGGGGAUGUGAGUUGUACACAGCAGAGCCAGGACUCGAAUCCAGGCCACAGGCCCAGCAUCCAGACGGCUCACCAGUCUGCCCCCAGGCUCUGGCAGCUGUGCUCGGGUCUGCCAGUGUGAGAGCUGGGUGAUGCCAGGCCUGGCCGCCCGCACAUGGCAGUCCCACAGUGGGUGGGCCAAGUAGAGGUGGAGGUCCCUGGGGUGGGGAGAGGGAGACAGACAUCAAGAAUGAUGGCUCUUGAGCCGUGCUCUUUCAUUCGGUUUCUCAUCCAAGCCUCAGCAUUGGCCACGUCCCGUUGUUACCAAAGGUACCGCUGCAGGAGCCUUUAUAUCCCCCCUGCCCUGACGAGAGGUGAUCAUAACAACAGGUUUGGAGGAGACCACAUGGGGCUCCUUGGUUCUCCCUGUGGCCCUCAGCAGACCAGGGC